AUGUUUGUUUGGUCGGUAACCUCACAGCAACUACAUACGUUGCGUCCGUUGGGUGCUGCGUCCUCGUCGUGGCUCGAGGCCGGCCGUUCGCUACACAGCGGGAGGCCUCGUGCCCUCGUGCAGCGCAGCUGGAGAGUUGCAAAGCCGCCCAAACGGGUGCAAGUUGCACGCUGGCCGCGCAUGGUUGCAGGAGGUAGUGGCGGUGGGCCCGAUGGAAACUUGCUCAACGCUGAGCGGUAUACGGAAAAGGCAUGGGCAGCGCUUGCACGUCUUGCAACGCUCGCACGUGACUACCAGCAGCAAGUCAUCGAGUCCGAGUUCCUGCUGCUCUCGCUACUCGACGAUGAACUCGCCACUCGUAUUCUAGACAAAGCUGGGGCACGUUUGCCUCAAGUUCGUGAACGCGUGCGCAGCUUUUGUAACAGGCAGCCGAAGGUACAGGGCGAGCUUGGCUCGCAGGUCAUGGGACGCUCGCUGCGGGAGACGCUCGAGUCUGCGGCACGCAUUCAGCGCGAGUACAGCGACGACUUUAUCUCCAUCGAGCACUUGCUUCUAGCGGCCUGGAGGGACUCGCGGCUCCAGCGUGGCGUUCUGAAUGAGCUGAAUGUACCCGAAGCAAAACUGGAAGAGGCCAUUCGGUCGAUCCGUGGUGGUCAGCGCGUCACCACACAGACCCCGGAAAACACUUAUGAGGCGCUUGAAAAAUACGGACGAGAUCUUACCAAGGCCGCGCGGGAGGGCAAACUGGAUCCAGUCAUCGGUCGAGACGAGGAAAUCAGACGCACGAUGCAGAUCCUCUCGCGUCGAACGAAGAACAACCCAGUGCUCAUCGGUGAACCCGGUGUCGGGAAGACCGCCAUUGUCGAGGGUCUCGCUCAGCGUAUCGUGAAUGGCGAUGUGCCCGAGUCGCUUCGAAAUCGGACGGUCAUCGCGCUGGACAUGGGCGCAUUAAUCGCUGGCGCCAAGUACCGGGGCGAGUUCGAGGAGCGCCUCAAGGCAGUCCUGAAGGAGGUCUCCGAGGCCCAGGGCAAGAUGAUUCUCUUCAUCGACGAAAUCCAUACCGUGGUUGGCGCCGGCAAGACCGACGGUGCAAUGGACGCGGGCAAUCUGCUGAAACCGAUGCUUGCGCGCGGCGAACUUCGCUGCAUCGGUGCAACCACGUUGGAUGAGUACCGCAAGUACAUUGAAAAGGACGCGGCUCUCGAGAGACGAUUCCAACAGGUUCUCGUAGACCAGCCAUCUGUGGAGGACACCAUAAGCAUCCUGCGUGGUUUGAAGGAGCGCUACGAAGUCCACCACGGUGUUCGUAUUACAGACAGCGCGCUCGUUGCGGCCGCAGUUCUCUCCAAUCGCUACAUCACAGACCGCUUCCUUCCCGAUAAGGCUAUAGACCUGGUGGACGAGUCGGCUGCGCGCCUGAAGAUGGAGAUCACCAGCAAGCCGCAGAGUUUAGAUGAGCUUGAUCGUCGCAUUUUGCAACUGGAAAUGGAGCGCGUCUCCCUGAAAUCGGACACGGAUACAAAGACCGUCGAACGUCGGGCUCAGUUAGACAAACAGAUCGAGGAAUUGCGCGAGCGCCAGCGGCAACUUGAAGAACAAUGGAAACGGGAGAAGGGCAUGUUAGAGCGCAUCCAGGAUCUCAAAAGUCAAAUAGAGCAAGUCGAGUUCGAAAUCGACCGUGCGGAACAAGUGUACGAUUUGAAUCGCGCUGCGGAGCUCAAGUUCGAUCGCCUGCCCAAACUGCGGAAGGAGCUCAAACAGGCCGAGGAGUCUCUAGAUCCGAUGGCGGGCAACGGGAGUCACAUGCCGCUCCUCCGAGAUCAGGUCACGGAAAUCGAUAUUGCGCAGACGGUUGCCGCGUGGACCAAGAUUCCCGUACAAAAGCUUACGGAGAGUGAGAGCGAAAAACUCAUGAGCCUGGAGCGUGACUUGUCGAAACGCGUAGUCGGUCAACGCGACGCUGUUCGAGCGGUUUCGGAGGCGAUUCAACGCUCCCGAGCCGGUCUCGCGGAUCCGCGCCGACCCAUUGCAUCCUUCAUGUUUCUGGGGCCUACCGGCGUCGGUAAGACUGAGCUGGCCAAAUCGCUUGCGGAGCGACUUUUCGAUAGCGAGGAUGCCCUCAUUCGCAUCGACAUGAGCGAAUACAUGGAAAAGUUCUCUGUGUCGCGCCUGAUCGGAGCGCCUCCUGGUUAUGUCGGUUACGAGGAAGCAGGCCAGUUGACCGAGGCCGUGCGCAGACGUCCCUACUCGGUCGUACUGCUGGACGAGAUUGAGAAAGCGCACCCGGAUGUGUUCAACGUUUUGCUUCAGGUGCUCGAUGAUGGACGUUUAACCGAUUCCCAGGGUCGUACGGUGAACUUCAGCAACUGUAUCGUCAUCAUGACGAGUAACGUGGGCUCUCAGCACAUCCUCUCCUCAAUGACCUCCGAUGAAACGGGCGCCAUGUACGAAUCCAUGCGCCGGAUGGUGAUGGAUGCGGUGCGGGCGCAGUUCCGUCCCGAGUUUCUGAAUCGAAUCGAUGAGAUCAUCAUCUUCCAUGCAUUGAUGCGUACCGAGUUGCACCAAAUCGUACGCAUGCAGGUCGAGGAGCUGAACAAGCGCCUCAGUGAGCGCCGCAUCCACCUGGAGGCCAGCGAAGCCGCCCUGGACUUUUUAGCCCAAGUCGGCUACGACCCAGUGUACGGCGCUCGCCCGCUGCGUCGUGCUGUGCAGCGCGAGCUGGAGACACCGCUGGCCAAGGGCAUUCUCAGCGGCAGUAUCAAGGAUGGACAAACCGUUGUCGCCGAUAUCGAGAACGAACGGCUGGUGAUUCGACCCGUGCUCAAAGCGGAGCCCGUCCCCAUCUAG